UAAUAAAAAUGUCAAUAAAAGAUGCGUUACUUAUCUCUAGAUAAAGAGUUACUAUUUCUGAUUGUCUCAAUAGUUUUUAAUUCUCAAUUCGGAGUGUACGGUGUAAUAAAUUAAUAAAUAGAUUUAAAUAAUGUCGUCACACACAGUUGUGGGACUUACGCCGACGGAUAAUUACAUUCCAUCAUGGUUGGGUGAGUUAUUCGGAACGGCAUUUUUGUCAUACACCACCACACUGUUGUGUGAAAAUGACAAAAUACCAAUAAUUUACCAUCACAUAUUUUAUGCCACGGUACUGAUAUUGAAUAUGAUGGUGUUUGGAUCAAUAUCUGCAGCUGAUUUCCACCCCCUGGUGACCGUGGCACGUCGGAUCUUAGAUUACAAACAAGACACAAUAGUAAACGAAGAAAAUAAAAGGAACAAAUUUCUCAAAUUUCUCAUGAAAAUAUACAAAUUUCUAAAGCCAAAAGUGAAAUGGGUGGUACAAUUAAUACCAGUUAUAUCGGCACAAAUUAUGGGAUCAUUCGUAGGUUGGGGAAUAGUAAUGUUGCCCAGAAAUAACACCAGACACAGUAUAGAAGUAAACUGUAUGUAUACAAUGUCUGAUGAUUUCUUAUUAGCUUCAAUUUACGGAUGUUUACUAACAUUUUUCUUCAUUUUAUUCGCUUGCACUAUUUGGAAGUCCACAGAAAGUAAUAACACAUUUAAAGUGUUGAUUUUUGGAAUCUUGUAUUUUCUACACAGUGUAGUUUCGCAUCUUUUAACCGAUGAAAUAGUUAAUCCAAUGAAACUUAUACCAAUAUCUUACUGGUCACCAUAUUGGAUGUAUUGGUUGUUGUGUGGAUUUGUUGCUAGUUUUUUGGCCAGUUUAUUGUUUAAACGAAUUUAUAACAGCUUAAUUCCCAGAUUAUUACAACAUACACAUGAGCCAUCCCAGACCACCAGUGAUGUCAGUAGUGAAUUGAGUUACAAUAUGCUGAAUUUCAACAAUCUAAACCAAACUCAAACAGGACUUGCCAUUCUUAUCCAAGAACUUAUUGGCACCAUGAUUUUGACUGGUGUGUCCUCAGUUGAAAGUUCAAAUCCAAUAUUUGAAAAUCAAAUUGUAAUUCCUGCUGUAAUCCUGUUGUAUAUUUGGACUCCCUACAGCAGAAUUGGAUUACAUUUGAACCCUUUGAUUAGCCUUGCAUAUUACGUGCACAAUUAUAAGAAUAGUGAAGCUGAAAUAAUAUUUUGCGUUGGUUUACUUGCCCAAAUUGUUGGGGCUACUGCUGGUUGGGGGAUGACAAUAUUGGAUACGAACAUCAGGGAACAAGUAGAAAAUGAAUACAUGACCAACGUACCCUCAAUUUUUGAACCACUCGUUGUAUUCAUUACAGGAUUGUUCAUAACGUUCAUUUUUGUUUUGUUUCUGUGUAAAUUGUGGUCAUCCCAGUUUGAUGGAAAAUCCAGAUUUUUACCAGCUCUAUGUUUUGCACUAAUAUUUUUAGUGUUCAAUUUUACUUGUAGGAUGUCAAGUGGUUCAGUAGUUAAUCCAAUGAAACUCAUGCUCAUUUUAUACUGGUCGGCGUAUUGGAGAUGGUGGGCUUUUGGAGGAGUUUUUGGAACUUUGUUUGCGAGUUAUUUAGGAAAAUAUUUAUUUAUACGGCGAAUUUAAUACUAUUAUUGUCAUAGUGAUUUAAUAAAUUUGUUUAACUUCUCA